UCAGCAGCGAGUUACAGUGUGGUUUUCUGUGGGCGAAGAAACCCGACUGAGAAAAUGCCUGUCAAGAAUGCUAAUAAGUUCCAAAUGGACGUCAUCGAUGUCGAAGACUUUCUGCGGGAUCCGCCGUCCGGCUUCACGGUGGAGCUUCGUGUGACGGGGUACAGAUUUAUCAGAAGCGACCCCGACAGCUUCUGUGUAUUCAUCGAUGAAUUCGACAGUGCCAAAGGAAAAGUCAUUUUCCAAAAUUCACCCGGAAGGUCAAUUAAAGUGCAUACUCUAAAAGACUACAUGCACGUAAGGGAAAGACUGACAUCAAAACGGAUUGUAUUAAUGGUCUCGGCUUGCGAGCACAACACCGCACGGUCCAAAAAGGUCCAGAAAAACGCAAAAGUGCUGAAACAGUACAUCGUGAUCCUGGAUGGUAAUAACCCCGUGAUCAAGUGGGAGAUGGAGAGAGGCCUGGAUCACACCAUUUCAUCUGUGGCGGGAGAGAGCUACAAAGUCAAGAUCGACUUGAGCGACCUGCUGCAGAGGUGGGCGGGUGAUAACUUUCACAUCAUCGCAGACGGGCGGAAAGUGAAACCCGAUUGGAGAGACGCGUACUUCUGCCUGAAAUACUAUACAAACGCGCUCUUUGACGUCCCCCACUGGCUUGGAUUCAACAAGCGCAAGUUCAAGAUCUCUUACUACAGAAAAGCAGAAGUGGGCAAACAGAAGAGUUGAUUUUCAGGCUAGUUUACCUCGACAGAAGCAGAAAUGUCUGAAGAAUCCUUCAGAUAACAGUUUGAGAAUGGCCACCGGCACUUGUCAAUGGAUUUGAAGGCUUGUUUCAGAGCCUAGUUUGAGCUGUAGGUGGUCUGACUGGCCCACAUGAUGAAGCUCCACAAGAUGGAGCUAUUUGAUCAAAAUUGUGGAUCAAAAUCUGUGGUCAAAAUCUGGGGCUGGUCAUUUUGAAAGGAUGAAUGUAUGUGUGCAUCUGUCUCUUGUCUCAACAAGUAAAAUUCAGUCUCCAUUUUAACUGUACCAUUGCUUGUUUAGAGAUUCUGAUGCCAUCAUGCUUCAAACACCAAGAAUAGAUAUGUAUAUGUGUAUGUAUCCUGUAUAAAUGUGUUGUGUAAUGUGGAAUUACAUUUACAUUUAUUUAUUUAGCAGACGCUUUCAUCCAAAGCGACUUACAAAAGUUUUUAUCUUGGCUGUUUUAUAAAAUUUGUUACUGUAACAAUAUUUGUGAGAGAAAAAUAAUCCCACUUGCAUUCAGAUUUUGUAUGGUAUUUGUUUUUAUUUGGAUGAUGUAAACAACAUACUACUAGGCAAAUCAUGAAUGAAAACAUGAAGGAGAGUCCGUCCUUUCUUAUUUGUAAUGCGUUUGAAUGUGUGUGUGUGUGUGUGUGUGUGUGUGUUUUUCUGAUAUCAUUGAAGUAUAGUAUUGGGAUAAUUGUAUACAGGGAUUGAUUUGUGAAGAAUCAGAAUUUCAGAUGAAUAUGUAAAGUCUUGGACCGUCUGAUUGAUUAGUAUUGGUAUGUUUAGCACUUAACCAUUAUAACAAAUUGCAACCAAAGCUAACAUGCUUUGCAAACCUCUUAUGUGUACACAGUUGAAUUAACAAUGUCCGUUGUGUCUAAGUAAAGGGUGGCUUACCUGAUGAAAAAUAGGAUUGAGAA